UCCAUGACAGUUAGCAAUCCUGACAGCAGACUGGCCCAGUUAUAGGAGUAGUGAAGGGUGAAUUUAUUUUCUCUGUUCCAUCGUCUAUUUCAGCAUCUGCCACAGCCACUGCCACAACAACCACUAAAAGUCUACAUCUUGGCUUUCUUGUGAGGACUAAAAUCAGAGAAGAGACGUGAGAUAUUGAUGGUAGUCUUGGCUUGUAGUCCCCACUCACAAUGCUGCAUAUAUCAACCAGAAAGAUCCAGGCGACCAACAUGUUCUUCUCCUCGUGGGGCUUAGUCUUCUUGACAGUAGGAAUCCCUGUGGAAGAAUGGGUCAGAUUGAAAUUGAAAACACAAAAAUAUAUAAGUCACAAUCCUUGGAUAUGUUGCACUACGGUUUGGCCAGAAGAUAAACUGGAAGUGGUCAGGAUCAUGAUGAUGUUGGUCCUCAGCCUUUCCUUCCUCCAUAACUUGUUCCUGGGCUUGGAAUAUACCUAUAUGAUUCCUCGCAUGAAAUACAUCCACUUCAUCCCUGUCAUCCUCAGUUUCCUCACAGGUAUCCUUCUAUUCUCUGCACUCCUUCUGUAUCACCAAAAGCUAAGACAAGGUCAAGCCGUGUACUACACUAGUUACAAGAUCACCUGGAUCACUUUCAUUGCCUACUUAAAUGUUUUCUGCUUUAUUGCCUCUGGAAUCCUUUCUCUUGUAGCACAGUCCCAUUUGUGUUCCUGUCUGAACAUCAUCCAUAUAUGUCCUGUAGAAAGUCUGGAUACAGAGCCAUCUGAGAUUUCUGUGAAACCUAUUUCAUUAUCAGAAUGCACUGCAAUGCCUCGUAGUAUUGUCCGUUCUAGCUACAGGGAAGAUUCUCUAAGCAAACCACACAUCCAAACACAUCAUGUAACCUGGGCUCUAUGACCUGACCUGCUCAUCUUAAUGAAAAUAGCUUUGUGUAUGUGUACUAUAUGUAUCACCCACUGUGUUGUUUCUGUUUGGCAUAUGUAAAUUAACUGUGACUGGGAUGGGGUCUGAAGAAGAUCCAGAAGAUAGCAUUUUUAUUUUUGUCCUGGCCUGCUAAACAAAUAGUUUCUUUUACAACAUCUAUUAUUAAUGUAAUAAAUAUUGUCAUAUAAUGAUUACUUGCUGUAUUGUUAACUUUGUAUGUCCCAAAGAUUUAGAAUAAUAUAUAAUAGCUUUUGUUUAUGUUUUAUUGUGAAAAGUUUCAAAUAUUCAGAAAGAAUACAAAACAAUAUGAUAAACACCUGUGUACACAUCACCCAACUUGAUGAAAUUUGAUCAUCAUGCCCUAUUUGCUUGAGAUAUUUUAAAAUUAAAUUUAGAGACAUAACUGGUGCUCUGCUAAAAACUUUCCUAAUCUUAUUUUCCUACCUGUUUUAUCAUCAGAAUAUACUUUUGAUGA